AUGGACAGUACAACUGGAUUGCCUCUGGCUCGGAUCAAUCCGACUGAGGUUCAUGGAGGUCUAGUGGAACAGCAGCAAAAGGCGGCUGAGGAAACUAGGCAGCAGCUGGAGCAAGCUGAACUAGCUAGACAGCUGCAAGAGCAAGCUGAGGAAGCUGCAAGGCAGCUACAAGAUGACAUGGAGGCUGAGGGAGAGUCCUCACAUGCUGGUGAUCAGGGCGGCCGAGGCAUUGGUGCAGCCAAUGGUGGAGCUAACCAAGGAAACCAGCUGAUGGAACCUACCAUGAAAGAGGUGCUUGAUGCAAUCAGGCUCAUGGUCCGGGACUGUCCUGGACCAGAUCAGAGUCGUGGUCAAGCGGCUGGUGGUGACUCUAGGACUUGUUUCCAGUGUGGGAAGGCCGGACACUUCCGAAAGGACUGUCCUAAGCUUCAGGCUGGAUCAGGCAGGAUGAAGUCUGAGGUGAGCAAGCCGGAACCAAGCCGUGGCCAGACAUCUGCACCAAGGGUCUAUGAGUUGUCUAAGGACACUGAUGAGGCCAAGCCUUUCAUGGAGAUCACUGGUAAUGAUCUGAUCAUAUUCUUUUUAAAUUUUUAG